AUCAGCAUCUCGGGAACCGUCGAGAGCGAGCUAGAUCCGACUGUGGAGCUCGAGUUCUCGUGGCGGAUACUUGUCUUCUCGUCGAACCCUCUCUACGACGGGGACCUCGCGCGAGAAGCGGAGUCGGAUAAUGACCCGACCACGGUGUACCUGGUGGACAAGAUGGUGUACAUAGACCAAACAGAUGUGUACGACGUCACGAAUGCGUCGCGCUUCUUUACCAGGCCGGAUUCUCCGAAUAUGAUCAUCAAGGGGAAUGUGCUACAAGAGGACACGAUCUACAAGGUGCGGCUUGUGAUGACAGUUGGUGGCGGCCUGGUGGAAGGCUUCUCCGAUGUCUCCUUGCAGACAGCGGGGCUGCCACCCAGAUCUGGUACCCUUAUCUCGGCACCGCUCAACGCCACCAUGGACACGAAGAGGGUCAUCUCGGCCCCAGACUGGGUGGCCAACGACCUGCCCCUGAACUACCAAUUUGGCUACAUCCACUACCUGGGUGUGGGUGCACGCCUCGGUUCGUUUGAGUCGCUUGAGAUCUUGAACUGUUAG